UGGGGACAUGAAAUAUUUAAAUAUUACUAGUACUACAUAGUACUACGUAGUAAUAUAUAUUAUGUUGCCUAGUUUCAUGAUAUUUGGCCUUAUUUUCGGCCUACGAAGUGGGGGUGAUGUCGAGCUGAUCGGUUGCAAACACUGCGACAACGUUAUCACCCAACGAUGGAAGCGUCUCGACGGGGCUAUAACUUCCCACAUUCAUUGGUAGGGUGGUCACUGUGACAAGUGCGGUGGAAGCGCUAACGCAGAAGAGUUGGGUUUGUUGGUUGAAAUCCAUCGCCACGGAAAACCCUGCCAUCGCGCCUUCUGGCACUCGCAUCGCCGAGGGGGCAUCACCAUCUUCUGGUUCCAAAUCGAAACUCACGAGAACGGACGUGGUUGCACUCAUCGCCAACCCGGACACUUGUCCGGAAGGCCACGUCACCACUGUGAGGUUGGACACUGGAGAUGCCAGCAGCAACGUCCAAAACGAUGGCCAACUGCCGUUUACGCCAGUUUGCUGCAACUUGUACACAAAUCCUUGGGUGUCGUCCACGGCGAGCACAGCCAACGCGCCGCUGGCGAUCGUCGUGGCUGCCACUGAUCGCCACGUCAGAGGGGAGGUACCUCCAAGGGGGGUCCACGUGCCCGACCACCCCCCGUCGACCUCGUACGAUGUGUUGGAGUACAAGAUGCGGUUCGUGUUGGUAAUGUCGAUGCAAAAGACGGCUGCCAUGGCAUUCGCAUCUUUGGUCACUGCUGCAUCCAGACAAGCGACCGCCCCAGGCACGACCUUCCACUCGAAAUUGUACGUGCCGUCGCCUCGCACCGUCCAUUCCUUCAGUGUGUAUGAAGUCCCAUCGAUAGCCAGGAGCAGAGAUUGGCUCACGAUGGUCUUGUCCAUCGUCGCAAUCCCCAGCGGCUGCCGGACGGCGCCGUUACCCUUGAGCGAGUACACUAUGCCCUGGUUGUCGAGCGCGAGUGCCAGGUUGGAAGCGUCGCCGGCAAAGAAUUGCUUGACGCUCGACGCAAAUAAACGCCAUUGGGGCUCCCACGUGCCGUGAAAGUCUCGGACAAGGCGAUACACGGUUUGGUUUUUCAGCAGGGCAAACAGCUCUUGGCUACCGGGCAAUCGCGUCGACUCGGUAGCGACGAGCUUGGUAAAGUGGUUGACGUCGUCGAAGGCCACGACCGGGUCCCAUCCGCCUUGAGCGGUCUUGAGGAAGCCACUCGUGAGCCCUGAACGUUGGGUGAAAAAGAGCUGGUUCAGGCCGCUGAUGUCGGACGUCGUGGCGAACGCUUCAAAUGAAAGCGGGAGCUGUGUGCCGGCAUCGAACGAGUCGGACGCCGUUUGCUUUUGCUCUUGGAACGACAACCCGUCGGCCGACGUAAAGUAUACGUUGAUGAAACCCUGCCAAUCGGCCUUGACUGCAAUUUGGGAGCUGCUACCCGUCGCCAUGUCAGCGUACCAAAACGACAGCCACGAGCCGUCGACGCGUUGGAGCAGGGCCCACAGUUUGUUGGACGCGUCGCGUGCAAUCAGGCCCACCUGCGUGGCUUGCACGGCUUCGAUUUGAACCAGAGCGGGCACAUUUGUGAUCUCUGGGGCUUGGUAUUGUGUUGGAAGGGCCACCCACCCACUUGGGGGCCACGAAUUCGCGCUGCUGUCCUUGGCCAGUUCGUACACCACCCCCGUGGUUGUCAAGCAAAACACGGAUACCCCAAAGAAGAUGUUAGGGGCCGCGGAAAAGUCGCGGCACGACGUCGGUGCCGCUGGGAUGUGCGACCACUGCGGCCACCCCACGGUUAUCGUCGAAUCAGGCUCGAGAAUGAGCCCAGAGCCGUCCUCCAACCCAAACACGAGCGUGGUCAUAGAAUACGGCAUGUAGCAUAGUUCAAUCUUGGACACGUUGACUUGUCCGAGGGGCACUCGGCGAACGAACAUACCCUCGUCAGAUUCCACCAUUUUGUACACGGUGCCCUCGAGAUUUCGAAUAAACACUUGGCCCGUCUUUGGGCCACUGACGAGUUGGCUCACGUUUGUUGCGUAGAGUGACCACGGGGACCACGUUCCAAACCUAUCUUGCACCCGUCGGUACACGGUGGCGUUGCGUGCAAGGCCAAACAGCUCUUGGACGACAGACUGGUUCGAGUAAUAGACGGAGACGCCGUCCAGAGGAAGGGGGUGACGGAAAAAGGGAGAGGUGGCGACUUGAGUCAGCCGCGACGACGGGGCGACCACAGAAGCACUGCUCCACUGGGUACUUGUAAGCUGACUCAUCGUCCAUACUGUCCCCUGACGAUCAACAAAGUGAAGGGCGUUGACUUGGCCGCUUGGAGCCACGGACGGAAAGUUGAACGAUAUUACUUGGGUUGCAAACGGGGUCCAGGCCGCGAAUGUCCCAUCAUACGAUUGUGCAGAUACUUGCAGGUACUUGUUGGAUCCCAAGAUGACAAUCACAAAGGUGUUGUUUUCGACACCCGAGGCGACACUCACUUGAAUCGCGUCCCCCCCCAAAUACUGCCAUGCUUGCCACCCAUUCGGAGAUUCGAGGGUCGCCCACACCCCCCCGUCAAUCUCGCUCACACCGCACAAACAACGGUAACCGACGGGGCUGGUUGCGACGCUCAUCUUGACGAGUGUCGGGCCAGACGAGGUGUCGCUGUUAUUUAGCGAUUCCCACGAACUCCAUACGCCGUGCACUUCUGUGGCCAUGUUGAUCACGCCUGAGCCCAUCAGCGCAAUGACUUGGUGGUUGCCAUCGGCAUCGCAGGUUGCCACUGCAUCCAAAACGUCCCCGUCGAAUGUCCACCACGUGGAGGUUGCACUUCUAGUGCCUGACGACGUUAACGCAAGCAAUUUGUUGAUGUCAGUUAUAGCAUAGAGCCCCCACAAGCCAAGAACGUUGCGAUUGGUCGCUAGCGUGACCACUUUCGACGGGCCGUUGAAGGGUUGCCACUCGUGCCAUCGGAGGGAUGUCGGGUCAUCUUGCAUUUGGUACACAAUUCCAUCGGGGCCAACCACAAACAACACAUUCGAGUUGUGGUCAUUGGCAGUGCCAACCAUGUGCUGGACACCUGUGCCAUACGGGCAGCUCCACUGGGACCAGUUGCCACCGUCGCCUGGUUUGGUUAGAAUGUAAAUAUUUCCUCGGUCGGUCCGUGCGUAUAUACGUUGGACGAGACCUUGAACAAGAACGGAUCCAAUGCUCAAGAGCAAGAGGAAGGGUAUUGGCAUGGGGAUCAAGCACACAGCAGCAAAUGAAUCAACCAAGAUUUGCUUGAACCACGAC